AUGUCUUACACCGUUUACACGGCUGAAUAUUUGGGCUCCCCAAACCACGUUGGCCUCUUUGUCGAGACAAGCAGUGACGGUUCUGGUCAAAUUUACCACGUCGUUGGGACUAUCCUUAACGGAAUGAUAUAUGAGAAUAAACUUGGGAAAAAGCCCGAGGAUUCGGUAUCUUUCGUGCCUGGCUCGAAGAAGGUCGUUGGUAGAAUUGGCCAGGCAGAUAUGGGGAAGCUGGACAGUCUAUGUCGAUCUAUUCCACCUCCUGCACGCCAGGUGAUGCUGAAUGGCUCUCGCAUUGACCCCAGCAAGCCACUCCGUCGCUGUGGGGAAUGGGUUGAAGAAGUCAAGACAGCAGCUCGAAGCAAUGGGUUAAUCUAUCAAUAG